AUGGGCAAAUUCCGAUUUGCAACUGGAAAAUCUAUAGACAAAAUUUUAACAAAGUCCUUUAUGACGAUUGGAAUGUGGAAAGAAUCAUGCGCGUUUUUAGAAAAUUUCAACAGCUUCAUAACUUUCUCAGUCUUAGCAAAGCUAUCAACGGAUGAAACAGAUAAUGUUCUUGCGUUACGAAAGCUGAUAUCUAUGUUGAAUAGAUUUAAUUUAAUUCAUGGAUCGUUGAAAAUUAAUGACAACUCCCACGAGACGAAAAGAAUUUAA